AUGCGGCUUCCUCUCGAGAUUCUCCAGCUCAUUCUACGAGAAGCGACCGAUGUUCUACCCUAUCGAGACAUUCUGCGGUCCAGACUCGUCAAUAGCGUCUUCAAUGAAGUCCUGUGGCCAGCGAGCGCCAAUCUAGUGAACAAGGCAGCUCUUUUCCAGUUGUGGCCCAAGUUUCCCUACCGGCGGAAAUUUAUCUGGCAAUUGAUUGAAGACCACAAAGAGCGACCAUGUUUCUUCUCAGAAUUGAUUCAAGAUAUCCUGGAUAUGCCACGCAUCGCACCGAUGAGCGGCGAAGAAAAGCAUAUCCUUAUUGACAAAAUGAUCGAUGCUGUGUUACGGAGCACCGAGAAUCCCAAGACUCUAUUUAGCCCCCACCGUUAUCGAGCAUACGUCGAAAAUAUCACCUACACGUCCGGUGCGCGGAUCGAAUCCUUGGAACUCACGCUUACCAGUGGGCUUGCAUCCAGCGCAAUUCUACGAGGGAAUCAUGUGGAGCUGCAGUCAUUAAUUGACCAGGGGGUUAGUAUUAUCAUGUGGAGUAGCACUCUUGGGAUGGUACCGGUAGACCUGGCAUACAAAGAGGGCACGCCUAAGAUAAUCAAGAUGCUGGUGCUACGGUAUGAUCUUUAUUACCAGAGUUGCUCUUGGUGGAGUUACAAUAAUUCCUGUGGGCUAGUUGUGGCCGCAAGGCGAGGAGACCCAGAUCGACUGGAGGCGUGGAUUAAGCCGAACAUAGAAGCCGGGAGGGACAUCUCGCUGGAAUUAUACAGGGCCGUGCAAGGAGUUUUGCGAAUCGGCAAAGUGGAGAUGGUAGGAGUGUUGGAGAAAUACAUGACACGUCCGAAGGAGGAGAUGCAAUUGCUUUGGUUCUAUUGUUAUAACGAGGCCAUCAAGAGCGGGAUGCUGCAUGUGGUCCGAUGGCUUCUAUCUCGCGAAGGGUCUUCUCUCGCGAAAUGGACCUCUCCGUGGCAUAAGACACCGCUGUUCAUCGCACUUCACGAUUGUCCCUCUCAGACGAGACUGGAAAUGGUUCAAUUAUUGCUAGAAAAUGGUGUUGACCCAAGUGGAAGGGGUAGGCUUGAAAUCGCCCAGACUCCUCUUCAGCGAGCCAUCCAAAACGGAGACAUCGACAUCGCGAUGCUGCUGUUGAAAUGGGGUGCCGAUCCAAAUAUUGUUGCAAGAAGAACUCCGCCUUUGCAUAUGGCCAUUCAGCAGGGGCAUGCAGCAUUGGUACGGUGUUUGUUUGAACACGGAGCCCGAUCCAGCUACCAGUUUAAGGGAAAGAAAUACACUGUGCGGCAAGAAACGGCUGUGCUGAAGAACAUUGCGACGCUGCUGGAGGAAAUGGGGUUUGACAAGGCGCUCAUCAAUGAGGAAUAUUUGAUUCUAGAUUAA